AUGAAUUCUUAUGUGGUAAUUGUGACGAGAUAAAUUAUGUAAUGUAUUCUGUCACAAAAAUCUUAAAAGCUUAUAAGAACACAACAUAGUGAAGAGAUCACACAGCUAAGCAGUCAAGAUAACCCUAUACAGUUGUAUCCCUUUGUGACGAUACGGUGAAGAUGAACUUUCUUGGUUUCGCUUUCCCCUUGGCGUUGCUUGUAGCAGUUCAGCUGACCACUUUAACAUGGGCUGCAACGAAUGUGACAAAAACCUCAGGAAAAGAUUACGAUGAGCAAGGAGAACACCUGGGUGAACAACCAGUACGUCGCGUAGUACCAGCGUGCGAUCUUGACUCCUUCUCAUUGGGUGAUAAAAAACCAGCCUUUCCAGAGCAGCCAGGUGUCACCCUUCCCCUCUGCCCAGACAAUCAAUAUGCCAUUUUCUAUAAUAAUGAUUGGAGAAUUGCACGGUACACACUCUACAAGAUUACGGCCGCACAAGCCUUGAAAGCCAAGACAAACCCAGUACCAAGACCUAAUGACCCAUGGCAACUGGAUAAGACGCCAGGGAUUCGUCAAGGAAGCAGUGCAUUGUAUCAAAACCAACCUUUCCCGGGUAGAUACCACAAAGGUCACCUCGUUCCUGUUAACAUCUUACGUUACAGCGAUAAAAGUGUUCUUGCCACUUUCACCUACACCAACUGCGUGCCGCAAAUUGGGAAUUUCAACUCAGGUCAGUGGUUAAAGUACGAACUAAAAAUAGGGAUAUAUGCCCAGGACUAUUGUGCUCCAAUAGGCGGAACUCUUUACCUGAUCACUGGAACAUCACAGGUUAAGUUUAAUGAGAAACUUAAUCUUAAAGGCGAAAUAAUCGGGGUGGAUAAGUCGGUGAAACCAAUGGAGGAGUUCCAUGGCAACGUGGAUGCACACCAAAAGAUCAAAAUUCCAAACUCAAUGUGGACGGUGGGCUGUUGCUUGAACUUGAAUACCAAUCAAGUCGUGGGAGCGUUUGGUGUAAUGGGUGAUAAUUCUUUAGACAAAAAGCCCUUAAAUAAAUUUAUGAUGUCCCAACAAAACGUCGCAUAUGUUGAAAAGGCCCUUAUAUUAGAGGAUCCAACAAUUAAGUUGUUUCCUAAGGGCAAAGAUUGCUAUAUGCCAGAAAAAAACGUUAAUUUGAAUGAGAUACAUAGAUGAUUUUAUUGUGUUUCUUGAAAGGAGUCUGAGGGGCACCUUGGGUGAAAUAACCAGAUUCUGAUCAAUGCACAGUUUUUUAACAUAUCUUAGCCGAAUUUUACUGUACGCCUCGCUAAAUUCAAAAGGUUUGUUUAAACUGAAAUCUCCCUCCUCUGUUUGAACCCGGAAAAAUAAUAAAUAUCCUAGUUACUUGUUUUUUUCGGGCUGUACUGUUAGUUACGAACUCGGUUAGAAAGAGGUGUUUAGAGCUUGUAUUUUCAUCCUUUAUGUUCAAAAUAUGCAUGCUACUUUAUCUGCUAAACAAUAUAUACGGUAACGAAUAAGUGGAAUCAACGAAUCAAUAAA